AGCACUCUAGUCGCUUCCCCUUGUAUAUAUCUCGGUACUCUUCAAACUCAAGUCAUUUUCUCUUCCGCUCACUCUCACUCUUUACGUCGCCGGAUAUUUCUCCGACGAUAACUUCGGCGAAGGUUUAUGGUUAUUGUAUGAGGUUGAGCUUGAUCAUCAUCAGAUUGUAGUAUCAUCAUCAUUGGCUGUCUGCUGCUGGUAAUAGAAGAACGCCGUCGGAUAAAGGAUUUUUUGACGGUUUUGGAGUGUAAAAUCGAGUUAAAAUGUCUUUUCAGCAUAAAAACUUUUGGAUGCCAAGAGAUUCUGGAGGUCUUGAUGGAGAGACAGGUUAUGAAGGUAGCACAAGAAUUGAACCAAAGCGUAGUAAUCAAUGGUUUAUGGAUUCCUCUGGAGCAGAAUUGUACAGCAACAAAAAGCAAGCAGUUGAAUCUCUUGGUAGCAGGCCAGUAUUCGAAACUUCUCACAUGAAUGUUUCUCCAUGGCAAAAUGCUUCCAAUUUUCAGUCACUUUCAGGGCAAUUCAAUGACCGCCUAUUUGGAUCUGAGGCUGUUCGUGCUGUCAAUAUGGUGGAUAGAAAUAUUCCUUCUACUGCUGGUGGAAAUAUGACCAUGGAUAUGGGAAGAAAAUAUUUCAAUAAUCAAUAUGACAAAAAUUCCUCUAUUAGUCUGUCUAUGUCCCAUUCCAUGGAUGAUCCCUCAGGUGGUAUUAAUUUUGGUGGAAUCCGGAAACUUAGAGUCAAUCAAGUUGGGGAUUCCAGCAAUGACAUUUCCGCAUCUUUGGAGCAUGCUUAUAGUCGAGUAUAUAAUAGUAGAAUUACAAUGGGCGCUGGCUAUAAUAAGGAUGACACCAGUUCUAUAACUUUGGGUCAAACUUAUAAUCAAAGUGACAAGAAUGACAUUUCAGUUGGCCCCAACUUCAGUAAACGAAAUGACAAUUUCAUUUCAAUGGGACGCACCUUUGACAAGGAAGACGGAAAUUUUAUAUCAGCACAUCGCACUUAUAGCAAUAGAGAUGACCAUGUCUUAUCAAUGGGUCAACCUUUUAAUAAGGGGGGUGCCAGUUUUAUAACUAUGAGAUCGCCAUUUGAAAAGGAAGACAACAAUGUCUCAUCGAUGACAUCUUCAUUUAGCAAGGGAUUUGAAGAUUUUAUUGCGAUGAGUACCUGUACCCCCUAUGACAGAACAAAUGAGAAUUUCAUUUCUAUGGGUCCCACCUAUAGCAAGGGUGAUGAAACUGUCGUAUCAAUCGGCCCUAACUAUGACAAGGCUGAUUCCAGAGUGGGUUCUAAUAUUUUAUCUAUCGGUAACGAUUAUAGCAAAGGUGAGAACAAUACCAUAUCCUUUGGAAGCUUUCAUGGUGAACCUGAGGCAAAUCCCUCUGGCAGUAUUAUCAGUCGCUAUGGUCUGUUAAUCAGUAACCAGAACUCAACUCAAACUUUAAAAGUACCUAGCGAGAGAGAUCUUGUCGUACAAUCAAAUGCCAAUCCGAUUGAAAAUAAUGUCCCCAAAUCUAAUUCAAAAUCCGAUGCAGCCCCUAAGAAUAAAUCAUCUAAGAAGGUUACUCCGAAUAACUUUCCUUCGAAUGUCAAAAGUUUGUUAUCGACUGGCAUGCUCGACGGGGUUCCUGUGAAAUACGUUUCAUGGUCAAGGGAGAAAACUCUUAAAGGAUCAAUUAAGGGAAGUACGUAUCUAUGCGGGUGCCAGGAUUGCAACUUCACUAAGGCUCUGAACGCUUAUGAGUUUGAGCGCCAUGCUAAUUGCAAGACCAAGCACCCUAACAAUCAUAUUUACUUCGAGAAUGGGAAAACGGUCUAUUCGGUUGUUCAGGAGCUGAAAAACACCCAGCAAGAGAUGCUAUUUGAUGCAAUCCAAAUUGUGACUGGUACUCCGAUUAAUCAGAAGAAUUUUCGUACCUGGAAAGCAUCAUAUCAAGCUGCUACUCAUGAACUUCAGCGCAUCUAUGGGAAGGAUGAGAUCGUCAGGCAAUCUUGAGAUGAAGAUCCUAGUUCUUGAAUAUGCGAGGUGGUAUAUUUUGUGCACAGCAGCGUGUAUCCUGGGUAAAUUAUCACUUUACUUUAAGAUUUUAAUAAUUUUGAGGAGACGGCUGUGAUUUGGAUUUUUGACUUAUUAUUUAAGUUUUAAUUUUUGA